CUUGUUGUGCUCGUAUCUAAAAGUUACAAUCUUCUUUCUUAUUGUUCAAAACUUUAAUUUAUAUUUUAAUUCGAAAUGUCAAAUUUAAAAUUAACACUAUUUUUAGUUUUAACUAAUCUCAUUUACCAUCAAACACAUUCUAUAUCGGUUAUUAAUAAUGUAACAGUUUCAAGUGAUUUCUUUCAAGAAUUGUUUUUAAAGAAAAUACGAUUAGAUUUUAAGUUAACGGAUAUAGCUAAUAAUGCAGAUGAUGUUAAAAACGCAGAAAAAUGUGUUCUUCAGUUGCAAGAAAUAGUGAAUCAAUUUCCAAGUGUUAAAGUUGCUCGUUUCAUUGAUGCUUGGGGAAAAUUUCCAUCUGGACUUCUCUAUGGACACUUAAGAGAUCUUGGUAACUACGAUCAAUGCGUUAAGACAUCUGUAGAACUAAAUGAGGAACUAGGAAUUGCUACUGGAAAAUACUGUAUGGCAACUUUUCCCUUAACAUCACCCAUUAAUGUAUCCGAAAGUGAUUUAUCUUUACUACGAGAAACUCCGCUCGAAGAAAAAAUUGAUGCAAGAUCAUUAAUUAAAUUGAGAAUAGGAGUGUGCAUUCCAGAGAUAUGUAGUCCACAGAUAAUUACUGCAAUUUUUCAAGGAAUAACUGAAAAUGUAUUGAAUGGAACACUUUCAGGUGUUAAAGUUUCAGGUUGUUCUGUUGCUAAGAAACCUAAUUACAAAGCUGUGGAUAUAUUUGCAAUUGUGUUAUUUUCAACUAUUGGUGGAUUAAUGUUGUUCAGUUCCUUGUAUGAUUGUUUUACAAGUUACUUUGAAAGAAAACCUAUCCAACUUUUAAUGGCAUUUUCCGUAAUAACCAAUGGUAGAAAGUUAUUUAUGAUCAACACAAAGAAAUCACCAAACUCAAUCGAUUGUUUAACUGGUAUCAGAGUGAUGUCAAUGAUUUGGGUGCUCCAUUGUCAUAACUAUGCGUAUUAUGCAUCACAAAAUUUGAUUAAUACUAUAGACGUACUGAGUUGGUAUAAAAAACCUUGGACUAUGGCGGUUUUGAUGGGCACCGUAUCUGUUGAUUCCUUCUUCUUUCUUAGUGGAUUACUCUUGGCUUGGAUGGGCCUGCGAGAAUUAGAUAAAACGAAAGGAAAACUCAACGUACCAAUGAUGUACUUUCAUCGUUACAUACGGCUUACUCCAGCUUUAGCAGCCGUAAUCUUAUUUUAUGUAACAUUAAACAAAUACAUUGGAAGUGGACCAUUCCGCCAAGCAUUGAUUGACGUUCAUAGUUCCUGUGAUGAGACAUGGUGGUCCACACUAUUGUAUGUCCAAAAUUAUGCAACUCCAAAUAAAAUGUGUGUGGUGCAAUCCUGGUAUUUAGCGAUAGAUACUCAAUUGUAUGUCCUUUCGCCUUUGGUUCUUAUACCGCUAUGGAAAUGGGGGAAAAAGUUUGUUCCAGUUUUAGUGAUCCUUUCACUAUUGUCUAUUGGAUGUAUAUUUGCAACAUUUAUCUCUAUGGGUUACACAAGCUUAAUUGGUUUUGGCGAAUUAGAUCGAGUACAAAAAAUAUAUUUCCCUACCCACACAAGAUAUUCAGUAUGGAUUGUUGGAAUUUGUUUUGGAUUCUUUUUGCAUUUAAAUAGACAGCGUUCCUUGAGACCUCCAAUGAUUAUGCGACUACUCGGAUGGAUUAUCUGUUUUGGUACAUUGAUCUCCAUCGUAUUUGCACCUUACUUUACAAUAAGCUCUGAUCAUUCAGCAUCUGUUGGACAUGCGGCCGCCUAUGAAGGACUUAAACGUGUUGCUUGGAGUUUAGCACUAGCUUGGAUUGUAUUCGCAUGUCAUUUUGGAUUUGGUGGACUAAUUAAUUCAAUUCUUUCACAUCCGAUUUGGCAACCACUUGGUCGAUUAAACUAUUGCAUGUAUCUGGUUCACAUGGCUGUGCAAACAAUUAAUUUUGGGACAGUUCGUACCGAUGCAUAUUUCUCUGAUUAUAGACUUUAUUUAAAUUUUUGGAGUACUUUUGGAAUCUCUGUUUUGGUGGCAAUAUUGCUUUCAUUGUCUUUUGAAGCCCCUGUACUUGCAAUAGAAAAAGUUUUAUUUGCCACUAGCCAUAAGAAAGAUGAUGGGAAUAGGGCCGUUUUGCCGACUGCUCCGAACAUGGUUUCAAUCAAUGGCAACGUUUCUAAAGAAGUAUAAAAGUUAAUGUAUAUUAUUUAUGUUACAGAUAGUAUUUAUUAAAUAAGUUGUUGAGUAUUAUUUA